UGUAUGUGUGUGUGAUAUUUUAUAAUCGUUUUAUUCUCUUGGACAUACACCAUAUAGUAUUGAGGUACAGUGUCGAAUUGUGAAAUAAUUAUGAACAAUCAUUUGUGUAAUUAGUGAAACUCGAUUCACCUGAACUGAUUCUUCUGUUUCACCUAGGAGUCAAGCAUUCAGGCAACUACAUCGUGGACGUGGCGGUGCCUCCUGGCAGCGACCGCAGCAUGCCUGCUGCUAGCGAACGAAGGCUCGGCGAUGUCCUGCGAGCGAGCCCGCCUGGAUUGUGCGUACCGUGACGGUUGCGCGCACGCUCUGCAUCUUUACAUGAGACAUUGUGACCCACGAUCAUUACGGCGCGACGCCGAUCCGCAUUGUCCGCGAGAAUGUCAGUACGCCCUGAUAGCCUUGACCAGCACUCCGGAAGGAAAGAGACUGAUGACGUGUGUUUGCGAUGACAAUUACUGUAGGGAAAGCAAGCUUCGCCUGGACGUGUGCAGGCCGCACGUGGCUCGCUUGGGUAACGCAACCGAAGUACCAUGUCGCCUAGCAGCACAAAUUUGCAGCGCGGAUCAACAGUGCUAUACGGCUUUGCAAUAUUAUCAGCGCCUUUGCGGAGCAAUGUUUGCAGGGCGCAAGUGUACAGCACGGUGCAGGAAUAGCAUUGCGAUUCUACGGCGGCAGGACAAUGCGGCUCGACUAGCUGGCUGCAGUUGUGACGGAACUGAGGAUUUUGAUUGCGCUGGAAUACAGGAAAAUAUGUCACGUCUUUGUUUCCACAAACACCACAAAGCCACGUCUAGUUCUACUACUCAAGUCCCAGAAACCACAUAUUCUAGGAACGACGAAAACAAUGAAAUCCAAGCAUUAACAUCAAGUUGUUCGAAUGUUUAUCAAACAUUGAGCUCAGUCUUAACCGGAUUAAUACUUUUGAAAUUCGUCGAGAGGUAAUCGAGGUAUUUUUAAUAUUAAAUAAAUAUCUACCCGUGUUCUACGCAUUUAUAAAGUGAGAAUGAUACUGUGAAAGUAAAAGUUCAUCGAUACAUUUGUAUUAGCAAAGUUUAACAGUAAAUACAUUUAAAAUGUUUUUAUUUUACAUGUUAUAAGCGAUAAAGCUAUUAUAAUCUAUAAUAGCAGCUCAACUAAAAA